AGCUCUUUAAAUAAAAACGUGGAUGAAAAAUACAAUCUUCGUAGAAAAUUAAAUGCAAGAGAUUAUCGGGUAUUAGCAAAAUAUAAUCAGGAUAAAAUUCAAGUAUUGCAAAUUCUAAAUAAUGAAGUGAAAAAAAGAAUAUAUAUAUCUAAUAAUAAAAAGGGAGCAAAAGGAAAGCAUGAACCCUCAUGUAGAAGUGCAUUAUACAAUGAGGAAUACGAUAAAAGUGUUGACAAAAAUAAAUUUGGUGUACAUAAAAUAAAAAAGUAUUUCGAUUUUAAAGAACUUGAUUAUGAAGAUUACACUAUUGAAUAUAAGGAAUGUAAAAAACGAAGAAUACAAAUUGCUUUAAUAUUGUUAGUUAUCCUGGUAUUAAUAUUACCCAUAUUAGAUCUUUCUUUAGAAACAUUUAUAGAUGGUGGAUUGUUGGGUUCAUUAGAGUUGUUAUCCCAGUUGAAUCUACAGGAGGUGGCGUUGCGUCUGGGGAUAACUUUGUUAAGCCAAAGUAAAUGGGGUAUGUUACAAAAAAUAUCUGCAUCUAUUAUUUUCAUUUAUGGCGUACCAUACCUUAUAUUUGUUGUUAUAUUUAUAUUAGGGAUGGUUUAUUACUAUAGAAAAGUUAUAAAAUAUGAAAAUUAA